CAUUGACAUCAAUUUUCCCAAAUCAAGAAAUCCCAACUCUCCCAUCGCUCAAUUCCCGGCGUCUCUCUUCACCGGAUUCUCUCUCAGUUCAUAUAUGUACGGAAUAAGCCAUGUACCACACCUGUGUAAGCUCAACUCUCUCCUUAAAAUGUAAAGGGUGUGUUUGUUUUUCUUCAAACGACAAUCCCUACUGUUGUACCAUAGACAGAUUUAACAAAUACCCAUUGUUCGAUUCAUCUUCAUCAUGCUGCUGUUGUUCAAAUUCCAUGUAUAGACCCCCUUUAGGCACUUGUUAUGUCUAUGGUUUGAGGCAAUCCUCUCUGAUUCAGUGGUCACCUUGUAAAAGAGUCUACUUGACCAGCUUAGAUAGGUGUAAUACGGAUUUCCCGGUUUCGGGCAGUGCAAGAAAGUGCUGUUAUGAUGAAUCUUCUUGCUAUUUGAAUGAGAGGCGAGGGAAAGGGAGAUUCGGGUCUCCUGGAUUUAAGGAAAGAAGUGAGAGGGGUAGUUUCUGUGAUGUUGGUGAGGCUGAGGUUUUGCUCGGAUUGCUCAGCGAGAGUGUCGAUGAGGAAUUUGAUGAUUUGAAGAAGAGAAGGGGAAGUUCUUGGAAGAAGAGAGUGUUGGAGUUUGAAAGGAGUGGCAUUGAGAGUGAUCACAUUCAUAAGAAAGGAGAUAAAUUGGGUGCAGUUAGAAGGACAAAGUGGGAGGCUGAGCUGGAGGAGGAUAGUAAGAUGAGAAAAGAACAUAGGAGGGUAAAUGGGGAAGAUGUUUUACUAGGGGGAGGAGUGGAGAAGAAGUGGAGAGCUGCUAGGGAGGUCAUGGGGGGUAAAAAUCUGGUUAGGCGAACGGCGAGAGAAGAGGAUAAAGAGGUUUUUUUGCGCAGCGAGAGGAAAAAGGAAAUUUGUGUACCGAGACAAGAGAAGGAGCAGGUGGUAAGAAAGAGUAACACUGAAAGGGAGAUGAAUGGAACAGGGGAAGAUUUUCCGGUAGUGGAUCACGGGAACAAAGUGAGACGAGAGGGGUCCACCUGCUCUUCAUACUACUCGGCUUCUUCGAGAGGUGACUUAGAAAGCGAUAAUGAGGUGCAGAUUGAGAAAGGGCAAAAUCACGCCGAAUUAUCAAGGAGAAAUGUGGAAUUUUCACAUUAUGGUGAGGUAGGGCAACAUGUUAGGACAUUUGAGGGUCACUCCGAGGGACAAGGACUGAUUUUGAGAAAGGAAGACGCGUCUGUGGGACCCUAUGUAGCAUCUCAUGACAUAGAUCACAAUCUUCGGCGAAAGAAAUCCGAGAAGAGGCUCGGUGGCACUUCAAUUGAGGAGAAUGAGGUUAGGAAGAAGGAAUCAUCACAUAAGCAAUCGAGGGUUUCGUGUGUUGAUGAGAUUAAGCUUGGAAAAGAACUUGGUGGUUCUUAUAAGGCUUGCGAUGAUCAAAAUUGGGAGUCCACCUCAGCUGAACAAGUCACGCAACAGUCUGAGAUCCGAAUAAAGCACGAAAAAUUUUUAGAUGUUAGAGGGAGUUUUGGCAAAGAAGGAGUGGCUAAGGUCAGAAAAAAGAUCGGUGAAGCUUCUUCGGAUAUCACAGAGGAGAAACAAAAGCAAGCUGGAGAGGUCACUGUUCAAGUGACUAAAGAUGAACAUAGAGCUUACAUUUCUGAGAGGCAAUCAAACACGGAGUUGAUAGGCCAGGAAGAAUAUAAGAGAAACCUUCAUUUGUCAUCUUUAGAAUCCAAAAGGAAAUCUUCGCAAACAAGUGUAGGAGAAGGUAUGAGGAUUAUGGAACCUCCAAAGCUUUCUGGUCAACCUACCAGUUCAAUGCAUCCAAAGCAUCCAUUGAUGAUGGGUUGUGAAAAUGGAAACAGCGUGGACACACAAAAAUCUCAGGCAUAUUCAUCUUCUCAAGUGUCGAGUUCUUCGAAACUUGAAUCAAUGAGUGGUUUUGCAGCACAAAGACUUUCUUCUGAAACUGCACAAAGUGGUCUGACCGUACCAACAGAACAUUCCAAAGAUAGGUCAUACCAAAUGCAAGAAGAAAGUCAAGAAACACAAGGUGUGGUCAUAAGGGAUGAAAAAGUAAGGCAUGAGGUUUCCAGUUCUGAAAUUCGUACGGAAACGGAGUUGAUUCUUGAGGGCGAGCAGCAAAACCCGAAAGUUUUGAGCCAGAUCGAACUAGGAGAAUCCCAAUUGAAAGAAAAAGUUUCCACAACUUGUUUGGAUGAAAUGUGGGUAGACCAAUCUAUUCAAGAAACAUCAAAAACGGAAAUCAAGAGAUCAUCAGGACAGCCCCUAUGGCAUAUUAUCAGAGAUAUAGUUAGACUCCGGUGGAUUUCAAGUUCAGGGUCAGGAGGACUGUGCCCGUCACACCAAUCCACUACAAGUAGCGAAGCUUGGAUUGCUGGGGAGAAAUUAAAGCAUGACAACAGAUCACAACAUGAACAUUCAUCUGACAAGCUUAGAAUAGAAGAUGUUCAACUUCAGGGAGAAGCAUCCAAUUCGUCCCAUUCCGUUUCGCCAACCAGAAUUACUAAUUUGGUGUCCAACAAAGAAACGUUGCAAAAGACUGCCGAAAGCAGAGAGCUAAUAGUUCCUUCAUCAGCUUCAAGUGAAAUUUCAUUUCCUGAGGUUGAAGAUCUGGAGGUGAGACAGAGAAGAAGGUUUCAGAGGGCGAAUGAAGUUAUGAAAGACAGAUUUGAUGAGUGGGAAGAAGCAUACAAGCUAGAAACUGAACAGCGUAAAGCUGAUGAAAUGUUUAUGAGGGAAGCUUUGCUUGAAGCCAAAAAAGCUGCCUGCAACUGGGAGGUCCCUGUUGGGGCCGUUCUUGUAAAGGGUGGAAAGAUAAUUUCUCGCGGAUGCAACCUAGUAGAGGAAUUGCGUGAUUCCACUGCGCAUGCAGAAAUGAUUUGCAUACGGGAGGCUUCAAAUAUCCUUAGGUCUUGGAGACUUUCGGAAACCACACUUUAUGUUACACUUGAACCAUGUCCAAUGUGUGCUGGCGCAAUACUCCAAGCUAGGAUCGAUACGGUUGUUUGGGGAGCUCCAAAUAAGCUUCUGGGUGCUGAUGGAAGCUGGAUUAGGCUUUUUCCUGAUGGAGAUGGCCAGCAAUCAACGGAUAAACCGCCCGCUCCGGUCCACCCUUUCCACCCGAAAAUGAACGUGAGGCGAGGGGUAUUAGCGUCAGAGUGUGCAGAAUCCAUGCAACAGUUCUUUCAACUUCGCCGGAAGAAGGAAAAGAAGCCUGAGCCUCCUCCACCGCGCCUUCCCAUUUCCACCCAUCCAAACAGGUUCCUAGCUAAGAUUCAUGAUGCCUUCCAUCUUAUGUUCUGUUUGUAAUCAGAAUUAAUCAUAAUAAUUCUAUGCUCUAAAUUUCUACUAAUAAUUUAUUAAUUUGAUAAGCUUUUAACAAUUCUGAUUUCUGAGUGUGCUAGUUUCAAACAAACACUCCUUCCCCUCUAUUUUUAAUUGACCAUUAUGACUUUGUUUAUAUAUUAUGGAUUUAUGGUGCAUUAAAAAAUCCAUAUUCAUUUACCUUUUGAUGUAUCACUAAAGUCAUAAUGGUUAU